CCCGCCGCCGCCGCCGAGCCCGGGGCGCCCGCGUCCCGCUUCGGGGGCCGCACCCUGGAGGAGAUCUGGAGGGCGGCCACCCCGACGCUGACCAGCUUCCCGACCAUCCGCGUCGGCGACGACGUGUGGGGCGAGCGCAGCCUGGCGGUGGCGCGGCGCAGGGCGAGCCAAGUGCUGCGAGUGGACCUGGACCCCGUGGUGAGGCUGCGCCGCUUCCCGGUGCCCCGGGCGUGA